UGGAGUGUGUUUGUAGGAUUGCAGAAUAUUACUAUGGAUUUACUGCCACUGUUUGUGCUUCUCCUGCUCUGUGUUGUCCAUCAAACCCUUGCAAUUGUUCUAGUUAAAAACACAGAAUCUAGAAACCUGUUUACAGAGCGCGCAUGCUGCAGACGCCAGAGUCACGUGAUUUACAUCGGCAAAGAUAUUUCUGGCAGUCCUGUGAAUGUCGAUGUUGGCGCGUGUAAAACGCAUUGUGGCCAAUCAGCGCGCUCUACGUCAUUUGAGGCGGGUCUUUGGGCCACUAAAUAUUCAUCAAUGCUCGAUUUCCUGCGGAGCAAAAAGAUGAGGCGGCUGGCUCCUUCAUCUUCAGACCCCUUCAGCGCCCCCCCGUCCUGCAGUCUGAGCGCCACAUGUGAGCCUGCUGGGGUUCGAGUGGACAGAGUGAUGCUUUAUGAAGGCCUCCGAGCAGUUGAAAUCAUUGAAGAAUGCCACUGCGAGGCCAAAAUGAGCCAGUGUGUGCGAGCACCAGCUCUUAAGACGUACUACUCUCAAACCCCAUAUGAGACUGUUAUAGAUGUGGGCAAAUGUGUGGGGUUAAAAGGUGCACUGGAGGGAUUGUCCUGCAUACCCACUAAGUUUGAUUCGGCCCUCAUUGAAACUCCAAACAAAGUGGAGUUGAUCCAGAAAGUAGCUCGAUGUGAAUUAAUAGAGGGGUGUUACCGUAUCCCAUAUGUGGAGUAUCAUUACGAGACGACAUACAACAAUGACAGAGUCAAAGUAGAAAACCUUAGGGAAAUAGAUGUGGGUAGAUGUUUGGGGAGCUGCACCUCAGGGAGCCGCUGUCUUCUCAGGAGUGGGUCGAAUCUGGGCGAAUGCUUGCUGUGGGCUGAAGGACGGGGCAACGCUUGUGUUCCACAUGACUACGAGAGCCACACUUUCCUGAGUCAACACGGCCAAAUCCGCACCAUUCUGGCCAUCACUUCCUGUCUAUGCCAGUCUUGA